UUUGCAGCCGCGGUUUCGAUUAUUAUGACUGCAUUAACAUAGAAGGCAGCUGCCGACUACCACUUUAGACUUAGGAGUUGUCUCUCCGUCAGGCAGCGUCUAACCCUGUAGACUAGAACUAAGGUUAUUUGUAUGACCAUGAAGUUGAGUUGGUUGCUGGUGGUUAGCUGUGUAGCAGUUCUGGGCUGGUGUAAACCAAGGGGAAAGCAUGGCUUCUUUGAUGAUGAAGCAGACGAUCUUCCAAAGAUGCACAUUCAGGUGAUGAAGGAAAGAGAACAGAAGCCAAGUGCUCCCAGGAAGCCACAUGUAGACAAGACAGCUGAGGAAAAGAAGGCCGAUGAAACGGUUACAAAAGACCCAUGUGCUGGAGUGUGGUGCCAGCUGGGACGAGCCUGUAAAGUGAACGCAGAUGGCUUUGGGAAGUGCGAAUGUGGAGACGAAAAGCUUUGUCUUGGUCACCAUAAAAAAGUCUGUGGCACCAACAGGGUAUGGUACCCGAGUCACUGCGAGUUGCACCGUCAGGCCUGUGUGUUGAGACAGCACAUCAGGAUUGACCACACGGAAAUGGGAUGUGUGGAACAAGAAUCGAGGAAGGAGGAGGCAUCAAAAAAAGAGAGUGUUGACAAAAAAAGCAACAAAGAAGAAAGCACCAAGAAAGAUGUACCUAAACCAAGUGAGAUUAAAAUGGCUAACAAAAAGUCUGUGAAGAAAGAUCUAGAAUUUCAAAAGCCUAAUGAAGUACACAUAGAAUCACAUACAGUUGAUCUUCAUUCUGUGGAGGAAGAAAAGACAUCUGACCACCAUCGACAUAACAAGCACCAUUCCAAAAAAGAUGACACAAAGUCUAAGAAAAAGGAAAAGAAGGAGAAAAACAAUAAGGACUCUGUAGAAAAGGUCCAUCACGACAGCCCCAAAGAUCAGCCCUCACUUUCGUUGAAAAUGAACAAGAUGCUGAAAGAGCAGAAAAUGGAAAAAGCUCAAGCGAAAGACUUUGCUGUAGUCUAUGCUGUCUGUACAGAAGAAGACUACAAGAGCUUCAAAGAUGCUGUAGUGAAAUAUCAUUGCAAAAGGAUGGAAAUAGACUGCAAAAACAGAAAACAGUUGCUUGGUAACUUGAUGUUUGCUUAUUAUGACGCCGACUUAGAUGGCGUCUUAGUGGAAAGUGAACUGGCAGCCAUUCACAAGAGGGAUAGUCUGGACAGUCUGACUGACAGUGGCUGUAAACUGACCGACCUCCUGGUAUUUGACAACAAGGACAGCAAGGCACAUGAAAUGUCGAAUGCAGAGUUUUUUACAGCUUUUGACAUUCCAACAGUCCACUUGGACGAGGACAUGAAGACGUUCACAUAUCAGGCAUCUGUUGGGGACAAGAAUGGACUACAGCUGAAGUGUGGUAUCCAGGGUGCCAGGGAUAUCAUAUGGAAGAGAAAUGGUGUGGAUCUAAAGAAAUCUACUAUAGAAGAUGUUGAGGUUCUCCAGGACCACAGCUUGUAUAUAGGGGCAGUGGGUCUCCACCACAUGGGCAACUAUAGCUGUCUGGACUGGACAUAUAAGGGGAUUGUACAGACACAUGUCCUUAAGGUCCAAGCUGCCCCAGAGGUACAGGUGACACCAUCUACACAGUACUACAGAGCAGGCUCUUCCAUUAGUAUUAAGUGUCACGCUGACGGUAUCCCAUCACCUGUCCUCUCCUGGGAGGUUAACGAGACGCCAAUUAUACUGGAUCCAGAACACAAACAUUAUGCUACAUUUUAUAAUAACCAAACCCUACAAAUCAGCAAGGCAGAUGCCACCAAGGACACAGGAGCCUACAAGUGUCUGGCCAAGAACUCUGCUGGACAGGGACAAGACAUAGCCACCAUUUUUGUAGGAAACUCUGAUGAACAUUCUUACAGAGGUAACCAUCAUUAUGAAGUGUUUGUGGUGUUCCACAGUGAGGGCUACCAUGUCUUCCACCCAGACUCCUGCUCUCUGGUCCACCUCAUCAAGGGAGACUACAAGGAGUUCAAGAAGGACGCCAUGAACACGGCCACUGUGCCAGAGACCCUGUGCCAGCUUGGUGUCCCCUGCACCUGGGGAGCAGCAGUUAAUGUGAAGAAUAGAUAUGUUUAUGCCAGUCAGCCUGAGCUGAACAGGGUGGUGGUGAUUGACAUAAAGGGUGGAUCCAAUCCAGUGCAGGUCAUCCCCACAGACUUCACCCCUGUGGAACUCCAGUAUGUGGAACACCUGGAUGAGGUGUGGGUGCUGUGCUGGAACUCCAAGGAGAACACCAGUUCCAAGACAGUGGUGGUCAUCAGGAAGGCCAGCGAGGAGGAUCCACACCAUGCAGUACACACCCGGCCAGUGGGUGACCGGUUUGACCUGGUUCAGAACAUCUUCUUGCCCACAAAGAAUGACUUCAACCAUCACUUUGACUAUGGUUAUGUGGUUCACAAUGAACAGCAAGGUCUACAUAAGAUUCACUUGAAGACCAUGAAAUAUGUCAAGACUGUUGACUUCACAAAAUACUCUUGUGUUCCCCAGAACCUGGCUUUUGUUCCUCUAGGUGGUUACGUGGUUGUAGACUGCAGAUCCCCUGCAGGGAAACCCCCUCAGGAGAAACAGCUCCUCAUGGACUACAUUACCGAUGCUGUCAUUAAUGAGAGAGAUGUCAUUGGACAGCCAUACGUGUCACCAGACAGUAGAUACAUUGUUAGUGUUGACAACAAGGAGCAGUCCGUGACUAUACAGAGAGUCAGUGAUGAGGGUCAAAUCACCUAUGGGUUUAAGAGGUUCACUGGGAUGAGGCUAAGUGAUGUGGCUUUCUACCCGUCACUUGAUGGCAAAGGCUAUGACAUGUUUGCCACAUCUAAAGACCAUGCAGACAUGUUGUUCUUGGACCUUGAAGGCCUGAGGAUGGAAGUCAUAGAAGGUAUUGGAGAAACUGCUGCGGAGGAUAAGUUUAAGUGGGGCACCAAGAACAGAGUGAUCACCAGCGGCGGAGUGUUUGGGGAUUACUUGAUGUCUCCCUCUACAAAAGCAGCGGUGAUUAUUGAUGGUCGAAACCACCAUGUGCACUGUGAGUGGCCCAAUAUUAAGGACAGCGCUGUGGUGGUGUGGGUGGAGCCAAUGCAUUUGUGAAGCAGACGACACUUUUGAAGCAGAUGACACUUGUCCUGCUGACAUUUGGAAGACAGAUUCUCACAAGAAUUCUAGAAAAAAGGGUGUAAAUUUUCUGAAAGGAAAGCCAAUGCUAUCAAAAGAGAGGACUAUUCCAGAAUUUUUCUCUUGACAGAGUGUAGAUAGAGAUGCCUUUUAAUGGUCACAAAUGAUCUUCAUCAGACAUUCGUGUGUUAAUGUCUCUAAUAUUGAUGUAAUAUAUAACAAGUAUGUAUCAGCACUGAGCAAGACUAACAAAAGUACCUUCCUUUCCAUGGGCUUAGUGACCCUAACCAUGAUAAUACUAAGCCAUCACACCAAAUACAAACUGCCAUAUCUAACGCAGUGUCACAGCUAACACAUUUAUACAGUAUUUAUAGGAUAAAUAUUCCAAGCCUGAUAACAAGGAAAUUAUAAUUAAGAAAACUUUCUCAGUCUGUGUUCAAGUAGAUGUUGUAUUCGUGAAUCACCUUGAUGGUUUUAUGCUUUAGUAAGGCUCAUUUAAGUGAGAAAUUACAGAAUUAAUACCUCCUUGGGACAUGCUGAGACCCAAACAUGGAGUGAGACAUGUUGAGAAUUCAUAUACAUAUCAAGGUAGGCACACAACGAUAGUUUCUUUAGAACAUGCUAAACUUACAGUGUGUUGUAUGCUUAUAUUUAUUCUCGUAUUUAUCGUGUGAAGAAAUCCAAAAAUUGUCAGGGUUAAAAUCCACUCAAGGUUCAGAAUUGUGAAAUCCAGUUACUGAUAUUAUUUGCAGUCUAUUUGAUUGGUAUCUGAUAAACCCCUGCUAUUUCUAAGAGCUGCAAGGGUGUUUUAUGUAGGCAUCUAGUUCUUCACUAAGACAAGUCACAAAGCCUUUUGUAAUUUCCUUCUUUUUGCAAUUAUCUGAGAAGAGAUGUAUUUGGAAUACCUCUUAAUGUUCAUCCACAAUGAGAAUUGAUCAUGUCUGAUGUAAUGGAUUUUCUUUUACUGGUCCUAAAAAUGAAGAGAAUAAGAUCAAAGAGGAGAAAGGAUUGGUCAGGAUGCUAUUCUUUAUUGUAGAAUGAGAUCUGUGCAUUUUGUAGUGGGAAUCGCAAUUUGUUGAAGAAAUCAGAGUGUAGUCAUAGAGUUUGUUUCUAAGCCUGCAAUAUUUGCUCAAGAUGGAUAUGAUGCUCUCUGUUUCUCAUCUUUUCAGGGUUAAUCAAGAGAAAUCCCAUUAUUUCCUUCAUUUGCAAUGAAUGGUUUAAGUAUGAUAAUUGAGUAGAGACAAUUUACUUGACUGUUACAGUAUAUCUUUGUUGUAUCUGUGAAUGCAGAUUUUCAUAACCUUACAGAGCAUAUUAAUAUGUGCACAUAGCUUUGUAAAUUUGUUUGAACUCUUUAAUGUGCUUUAGAGAAGUCAGCUUUCACCUUGUAAGACUUUAUACAGUGUAGCUGAGAUAGCAUAGUGUUUAAGUUGUUAUUGGUCUUUUUUUUUUUUCAAAAGGCUUAUACAUGUAUACAUGUUUUUUAUUGUUUUGUUAACAAAAUCUCUACUAGUCGGUGCUUAUAUUAUAUCAUUAUUAUGAUAUCUCUAUUUUGUAACAGUGGUUUGUGUUCCGAGAGAGACAGAGAGAGCACAAUUCAUGCCAGGUAUGCAUUUAAAAUUGUACAGUGUAGGAUCAGUGUAGCUAUGUAGAUGUGUCUGUAGUGUUUUUUAUGUGGUGAAGGAGUUGAUUAUGAGUACUACCUGUCCAUGUGUCCUAGGUAGUGGACCAGUAGAUUUGGCAUUAUUUUAAAGGAUUAUUCUAAGGAUUAUUCAAAGGUACAGCAAUGACUCAAUCUUUUCAGUGGGCAAAAAUUAUCAAUCAUUCAGAUUCACAAUUUUAGAAUCAUAGUAAUUAUAUUUCUGUAUAGCAUAUGUGGUGCUUUUACUGCAUAGAGCUAUAGGGUAGUGUGCUUUUCAAUUUUAUUG